UUGACCCAUAAAAGAGGAAAAACAUUGGCACUUCCACGGCAAGUCCUCCUCAACCUUCAGAUCACUACAUCCCACUAUGCUUUGCGAUGGUCUGACAAGUGGAUCCAAGAUGGCGUAGAAAGUAAAGCUAGAUGUUCUGUCCCUGAGUCAUGGCAGACAGGAGAGCGGAGAAGUCAUGUGAAGAAGCCAGCAAAUCGUUAGCAAGGCGGGAGUACGAGGCGGCGGUCACCCACAGCACGGACGCCCUGGUGGUCCUCGCGCCCCAAGCCUCGUCGCCCGGCGCCCCCGUACUGCCCAGCCCUCCCUCGGCGGUCGCCGCCGGACCCCUCCGCAGCCGCGCCCUGCUCUACCGAAUUGCUGCCUUCCUACAGCUGAAAAACUACGACGGAGCAGAUGAAGACUGCAAACAUGUAUUGGCAGAUGAGGUUGCCCGGGGUGACGGCUCUCUACAGGCUAGUUUGCGCUCCAUGCUUUUGGAUGGCAGCCUGCAAGAGGUGGUCAGCAUCCUAUCUAAAGCCCUGUAUGGAGAGCCAGUGAAUGGCAUCGUUACAAAAGACCUGACCAGAUUAAAAAUGCUCUUCUCCGAAAUUGAGGCAACAAAAAGAGAGAUGGCUCCUGAAUACACAGAUGACCAGGAUGAAGAAGUCCAAGAUGGCUGGCAGUUCCGGCCUCCUCCCAGAGGGGUCACUAGCAGCGAGGAGUACACACUCUGCAAAAGGUACUUGGAGCAAGGCCUGUGUCGGUACGGGGCGCAGUGCACGUCGGCCCACUCGCAAGAGGAGCUGAUGGAGUGGCAGAAACGUUACGCCUCCCGACUCAUUCGCCUCAAACAGCAGCAGGAAAGCAAGCACUUCACUGAGAACUACAUGGAAACUCUAAUCGAAAAGUGGAUGAACUCCCUUUCCCCGGAGAAAGUGUUAAGUGACAGUCUAGAAGGCGUGACAGUUGAGACCAGCUCCGGCCUUUCUGUUACGGUCACCUCGAAAAAAUCCUCCAACUCCUGGAUCUUUUCCUUGUUGUGCAAGCCGGCCAGAAAGCUGUUCCGCAUUGCCUUGCUCUACGACGCCCAUCGACCACACUUCUUCAUCACCGGCGUUUCAGCCGGGGAUCGCCUGCAGUCGGUUCCCAAAGGAUGCCAAGAGUGGACGCCCGGAGACGACUCAGCGGCAGCGGCCAACAACGGCCUCGACCACUGCGUCUACAAAGUGGCGGUGGGCUUCAGCACCGAGAUCUUUGGCACCUUCAGACAGACCAUCGUGUUCGACUUCGGCUCCGAGCCGGUGCUGAUGCAGAGGAUCAUGGUGGACGCCGCCUCGAUCGAAGACUUGGAGCACCUGCUGGCAGCCAGGCAGCAGCUGCUGAUAACCGCCAAGCGCUGGGACUCGUCCUGUAAAACCAUCGUGGAAUUCACGCCCAACGAGACGGUGGCCGACCUGGAGAGGAGCCUGCUGGCCCGCUACCAGAUCCCUCUGUCGGCCGACCAGCUCUUCACCCAGUCCGUCCUGGACAAGACGCUGACCAAAGACAACUACCAGGCCCGGCUGCACGACCUGCUCUACAUAGAGGAGAUUGCUCAGUACAAGGAAGUCAGCAAGUUUAACAUCAAGGCCAACCUCCAGCUGGUAACCAGCUUCAUGCUAACUGGGAUUUCUGUUGGAGCCAAGUACGCUCAGAACGGACAGCUCUUUGCACGCUUCAAACUUACUGAAACACUUUCCGAGGACACUCUGGCUGGGAGACUAGUAAUGACCAAGGUGAAUUCAGUUCUGCUGCUGCCGUUGGGGAGGGAAGGGUUCGGCUGUCACGCUCCUUCUGGGGUCAAAGAGCGCGUUUAUGAGGCUGUGAUAGAGGAGAAGACCAAGGAUUACAUCUUCCUGAGGAUUUGCAAGAGCUGCUGCGAGGAGCUGAUGCUGCAGCCUGACAGAGAAAUACAGGUGGAGCUCCAGUUUCAGCUCAACAGACAGCCACUGUGUGAGAUGCACUACGCCCUGGAUCGCAUCAAAGACAACACCAUCCUUUUCCCUGAUGUUGGCCUUGUGCCCACAAUCCCCUGGAGCCCAAACAGGCAGUGGGACGAACAGCUGGACCCCCGUCUGAAUGCCAAGCAGAAAGAGGCCAUCCUGGCCAUUACCACACCCAUCUCCAUCUCUCUUCCCCCAAUCCUCAUCAUUGGGCCCUAUGGUACCGGCAAGACCUUCACCCUGGCACAGGCUGUCAAACACAUUCUUCGCCAGGACACCAGCAGGGUCCUGAUCUGCACUCAUUCCAACAGCGCAGCUGACCUUUACAUUAAAGACUAUCUUCAUCCAUAUGUCGAUGCAGGCAACGAGCACGCCAGACCUCUCAGGGUAUAUUUCAGGAACCGCUGGGUGAAGACCGUCCACCCGGUGGUCCAGCAGUACUGUCUCAUCUCCAGCACACAGGUCACUUUCCAGAUGCCGACAAGGGAGGACAUCCUCAGGCACCGUGUUGUCGUGGUCACCCUCAGCACCUCCCAGUACCUCUGCCAGCUGGAUUUGGAGCCUGGGUUGUUCACCCACAUCCUGUUGGAUGAAGCAGCUCAGGCCAUGGAGUGUGAAACCAUCAUGCCUUUUCCUCUUGCUAGCAAGACCACCCGCAUCGUGCUGGCUGGGGACCAUAUGCAGCUCAGUCCGUUUGUGUACAGCGAGUUUGCACGGGAGCGCAACCUGCACGUGUCACUGCUGGACCGGCUGUACGAGCACUACCCCCCCGAAUUUCCCUGUCGCAUCCUCCUGUGCGAGAACUACCGCUCCCACGAAGCUAUCAUAAACUACACAUCCGAGUUAUUUUACGACGGGAAGCUAAUCGCGAGUGGGAAGCAGCCGUGCCAUAAGGAUUUCUACCCGCUGACCUUCUUCACAGCCAGAGGAGAAGAUGUCCAGGAGAAGAAUAGCACUGCCUACUACAACAAUGCAGAGGUGUUUGAGAUUGUGGAGCGGGUGGAGGAGCUGCGCAAGAAGUGGCCGGUGGCCUGGGGGAAGCUGGACGAGGGCAGCAUCGGGGUGGUGUCGCCGUACGCCGACCAGGUCUUCCGCAUUCGUGCCGAACUCCGAAAGAAGAGAAUGCACGAGGUCAGCGUCGAAAGAGUGCUUAACGUCCAAGGUAAACAGUUCCGGGUGCUGUUCCUCAGCACGGUGCGGACGCGGCACACCUGCAAGCACAAGCAGACCGCCAUCAAACGCAAAGAGCAGCUGGUGGAGGAUUCGACCGAGGACCUCGACUACGGUUUCCUGUCAAACUACAAGCUGCUCAACACGGCCAUCACCAGAGCUCAGUCCCUGGUCGCCGUGGUGGGAGACCCCAUAGCGCUCUGCUCUGUUGGACGCUGCAGAAAAUUCUGGGAGCAUUUCAUCUCAAUCUGCCACGAGAACUCCAGCCUGCACGGCAUCACCUUCGAGCAGAUCAAGGCUCAGCUGGAGGCCCUGGAGCUCAAGAAGACGUACGUCCUCAACCCGCUGGCCCCGGAGUUCAUCCCUCGGGCCCUCAGGCCCCUUCAGGGACACCAGUCCUCCUCCCAGGGCCUUCAUCCCCACCAUCAUCCUCAUCCUCAGCACGGUCUGCCUGCCUCCAACAAGCAGGCCGCGCAGCAUCACCAACAGCAGCAGCAGCAGUCCCCUCCAAAGGGGAAACAGUCGAACCACACAGAGCACCUCCCACCUGAUGGAUAUGUGCAAUCCAGCCCUGCUGUGUUGAUGGGAAACCCCAUCCGGGCCUUCACGCCCCCUCUGGGUGCCACGCCGGCCGGCAUAGGGAAGUCGCCCAGCCCCGUGCAGCGCAUCGACCCUCACACCGGAGCCAGCAUCCUCUACGUACCAGCUAUGUACGGAGGAAACGUGGUCAUGCCCAUGCCUCUGUCGUUGCCCUGGCCAGGUUACCAGAACCGCUUUGCUGUGGACCCUCGCAUCAUGAGCCACCCGGCAGCCAUGGCCUACAACUUAAACCUGCUUCAGCCGCAGAACCGAGGCUCUCCCAUCCCUUAUAGCGGCGUCGCCCACCCCUCUCCUUUAGGACUGGCCCAGCUCAGCCCAGAGAAGGACCUGCAGGCCGACCUCAUCAGGAACGGUAAAGUAGACGGCUGCACAAAGGCCGAACAGACCCGUCUUCAGACGCCAGAGAGGAAAAACGCAGACAUAAGGGAAAAACAGGGAGAUUUAGACACCGGUCAAAGUCGAAGUUUAGAUUCCCAACCAGAGGGUCUGGUUGGCUUUCCGAACGCUCUGCUUCACCGAAAAGACCCUUCAGCUACCCAAAGAUCCCUCAACUACCACCUGGCACCGCCCAGCCCAGCUUUUCCUCCACACCCCGCCAGCGGAAGAACCUUCCCCCAGCAGUACCCCGUUCCUAGACUUCCCUACCGGGUCGGCCAGCCUCAACAUCCAGGGAUGCCCCAACAGAAUCAGCAGCAACAGCUCAGUCCUGCCUUCACUGGUGGAAGCCACGCUUCCUUCUUCAGCGGCUCCAUGGCCGCUCACCGAUCCGUGCAAUCGCCCACCGUGGACGGGGCGGAGUCUUCGGGGGCCGAGGAGAUGAGCGGCACCAUUAGGACUCACAUGGGCCACCAGGGGUCGCAACACCCAGGCCUACCACAGCACAACAGGGUCAGCAACUUUGGGGAGGAUGGACAGGAUGGAAGUCUGGUGGACGGUUUAGACCUCCAGAGUCCCCUGACUUUAGAAGCCCUGAGCCAGCAGCAGCAGCAGCAGGCGGCCAGACUGGGCCAGUGGGGGGAAGCAGCAGGCCCCUUCCUCCAGGGCAGUGUUGCCUUUCCUCUGCCCCAGCAGCUCGCCCACCUCGCUCAAUCUGGCAUGGCUCGCUUUCCCCCUCAGCUGCUCCGGGCUGCUACCUGGGGGCUUAGUGCCAAUAUGGACGACGAAGCCGUUUCCUCUGCCACCGCGGGUCCAACAUGCUCCAGGUACCCGGGCCUUUUGAGAGAAAUGCCCCCCCAGGAACAGCCAGAACCACGGGAAGCGACCGAAUUGCAGCCGCCGCCUCAGUCCCGCCUGCUCCAGUAUCGACAGUCCCAGACCCGUGCCUCCGGUGAGCCCUCGUCCUCCUUAGCCCCCCUGUCCAAUCACGCUGGCCCCUUCCCCGCAGGACUGUACUCCCACGAAAGCGGCCGGAACCUCCUCAACGAAAACCUUCUCAAUAACCCGGCUCUGCAGCAGCAGCAGCAGCACCCAGGGAACACCCUGUACAAUGCCGGUAGCUACCCGAAUCAGCCGCCAGCGCAGUCCGGCGGCAGCAGCCCCCCACCAUCGAACGUGAAGUAUCUCCUGCAGGAAGCGCAGUGGUCCCACGGCGGAGCGGCGUCCGUGUCCCAGCAGAACCACCUCCUAGGGAACCAGAGCCAUAGCCUUCUGUACGGACUGCCCCUGAUGGCUCACCCCAGCAGGCCGGAGCAGGUGCUGAUGCAACUCCACCACCAGCAGCAACAGCAGCAGCAGCAGCAGCAGCAACACCAUCAACAGCAACAGCAACAAAAUCAAGGCCCGGACUCCGAGUCCUACCACCCUCUGUCCCCUAGAACAUCAGCAGCCGCUGCCCUCCACAGCGUAGACGAGUAUGAACCGAGAGGUCCAGGCCGGCCCCUCUAUCAGCGCCGCAUCUCCUCCAGCUACCCGGAUGAAUCAUCUCCAGCCCACCCCUGUCAUCCCGAGCCCCAGGAUCACCCACAGCAACCGCACGGCUCCUACACCUACCCCCCCCACGACCACCUCUGGCCCAGCAACGGCGGGGGUCCUGGUCCAUUCCAGAACAUUCCAUGCAAUGGAGCUAGCAAACUAGUUCAGCAUCGUGAGCUUCUAGCUUCAAAGGUCCACCGUCAGACGGACGAGCAGGUGAAGGCGGAACCGGCCGGCGCGCAGCAGCAGCAGGCGCAUCCACACAACCUCAACUCCCUUCAGCACCAGUUUCCCCCUCUAAUGCCCAAUAAGAAGCAGCAGCAGCCGCCACCGCCGCCCCCGCCGCCACCACAGCCUCCGACGGAGCCCACCCAGGGGGCUCCCAGUUUAGUAAAGCCGCCCACCAUGUCGUACGCGAGCGCCCUCCGAGCGCCUCCCAAACCGAGAGCCGUUCGACCCGAGCAGGUGAAGAAGAACAGCGACCCGCUGUCCCUCCUCCAGGAGCUGAGCAUCGGAAGCUCAAACGGUAGCAAUGGUUAUUAUUCUUACUUUAAAUGAGAGCCGACUCUCUCGCGUAGUAAGUGAAGCGAAACAAAAAAAAAAAAAAAAAAGAAAAGACAAAAAAAUUGUAAAAGUUUUGUAAAAUUUCUAAAAAAAAAAAAAAAAAGAAAUAGUGGAAAGUGCAUUUUAAAGAAUUGUUUGUAAUAGUAGAUUUUAGAUUUUUCUUUUUUGUUUCUUUUCUCUUUUAUUUUAACUCCUGGUUCUUUUCUCUCCUGACAUAUCUGUGCAGAAAGUCAGUAUAUAUAUAGCAAAUGCAUUACUGGUAUAUAUAUAUACAUACUCAUUAUGUAUAUAUGAAUAUAUACUUAUAUUAUCUACACUUGUACAUGUACGUAAUGCUUAGAAAACAAAAAUACAAAAAAAAUAAAAUAAGAUGAAAGAUCAAUAAAAAAAAAACCCCGACUUAUUUGACCAUUUAGCUAUCUGCUUAGUUUUCCUGCUUCAGUUGGCCUCUUUAAAUGCAUUUUUAGUUCUUCUUUUUUCUAACUCCUGUUUUUGUUUUUGUUUUUUUUAACAACCAUUUGGUUUUAUAGUGAACACUGACCGUUCACACCACUGCAGUUUGUUGUAUUGCAUGAAAGCUAAGUGGUCGACUGAGUGAAACCGAAAGGAACAGUGUAUAGAAGUAGAUACAUUUUUCCUCUAAUCUGUACAGAAAAAGAAAAUAAAAGACUGAACUGUAUUCCACAAAAAAAAAAAUCAUAUUAGUAUUUGCAUUAUGGGUUUUUUUUUUGUUUUGUUUUGUUUUUGUUUGUUUUUUUUCUUUUCAGUUCUUAGUCAUCAUUAACUUAAAUAAUCUGGUGAUUUAGUGAUUAAUGUGAUUAUUUAUAGAAAAAAAAAAAAACAAACAAAAAAAAAAACUUUUCGCCGAGAUCUCACCGGGGGAAGUACAGCGUGAAGACGUCGGGACAGCUUUCAUUCCUCCUCUGUCGGCUUCAACCGCAAACACGUUUCUUUAGGCGACAACAUGAACUGCUCUGCUUCGAUUUACUUUGACUUUUUUUGUUUUGUUUUUUUUCUUUACAAUAAUCUUUUAAAUGUAAAAGUCGUUUCGCUGCUUUUGCUCAACUUUCACUUUGGAUUUUGUGUUGCGUGGUUUGGAAUAAUCUGAUGGUCUGUGUAAGUAAACUGAGAGUUAUUAAAAUGUGUAUCGUAGGAUCAUUACUUCCAGUCAGAUGUUUUUGAACAACAACCAAAAAAAAAAAAUACUUGAGGAGUAAACCCAUGGCAAACAAAAUCGGAAAAUAUCGCAUCAAAAAAAGAAAAACGAGGACACUGCCACAGCCAUUAACCGCAGUUUGACAUUUUGUACAUGAUUUUUUUAAUGUCUGGAUUUGGGGUGGUCUUAAAGGCAUGAAGAAAAUUGGUAGCAUUUAAUUUUUUUGCUUAUGAAAAAGUAGAUAACAUUUUACAAACGUGUCUCAAUUUUAUUCAUUGCUUCAAUUUUUAAAAAAUAAAAUGUAAAAAUACAGCUACUUCAGAAAUCAUAAAACUCCUAGUUACAUAUUUUAUCUUUGUUUAUUUCACAACAAAUGUUAAAUAAACACAACACUGCUAGCUAAAGUUUUACUACUAGCUAAAACUUCAGCUAGCAGUUUCACUUCUGGCUAUAUGUUCACUGUUGCAGCUAGCAGUUUUACUACUAGCUAAAACUUCAGCUAGCAGUUUUACUACUAGCUAAAACUUCAGCUAGCAGUUUUACUACUAGCUAAAACUUCAGCUAGCAGUUUCACUUCUGGCUAUAUGUUCACUGUUGCAGCUAGCAGUUUUACUACUAGCUAAAACUUCAGCUAGCAGUUUUACUACUAGCUAAAACUUCAGCUAGCAGUUUUACUACUGGCUCUAUGUUCACUGUUGCAGCUAGCAGUUUUACUACUGGCUAAACUUCAGCUAGCAGUUUUACUACUGGCUAAACUUCAGCUAGCAGUUUCAUUUCUUUCUAAACUAAACUUAAGCUAGUGGCUCCACUGGCUGAGUUUUUUUGGCUACAAGUUUUAUAAACAAAACAUUUCUAAAAUUAAUGCCAGCUAUUGAUUUUUUUAAAAGCAAAAUUAUUGCUGUAAAAUAUUUAGGCAAUUCUUAAAACAGGCGUGGGCCGUUAUGCAGUGGUUUUAGUGCAUCAUUAAAUUCAACAUAGAAAUAUACAAUAUGAUCUAAUUAUUUAUAUUUUUAACAGAAAAGCAGCAGUUUCUACUGCUGUUACAGUGAAUAUUUAUAAAUCAUAUUAUUUGUAUUGAUUCUUACAGGCAUAAUGUUUUUUUCCACCAUUUUAUACUUUUCCCCCCCUGCUGUGAAUACAUUGAUAUUACCUGCUUAAUGAGUUGAACUACCUGCCAUGGUAGAGCACUUAUUAAAAGGUCUUUAUGCUUUAAGAGCGAUAUAAUGGAACAUCUUAGCAUUUUUAAACCAGAACUUCUUUAAAAUGUCAAUUACUUUAAUAUCGGCAACUGCCUAAUUGAUGAGGGCAGUUUUUACCUUUUACAUUGCUUAAAAAUGAAAAAAAACAAAACAUUUUUUAAUUAUACCAAAUGUGACCCUGAGCAACGAGAACAGCUUCGUUUAGCAGAUUCUUUUAAUUUUGUUUCCAGAAGGUCAUUUUAAGUUGUUGUUCCAUUAGAAGAUUCUGUGUUGUUUUAAGGAAGAAAUAUGCUUUCCAAGUUUGAGUUUUAUUUCACUGCAAUACAAAAAUUUAUAUCCCCUACACACACACACACACACACACACACACACACAAAAAGAGAGGUGGCGAGACUGAAGAAGUUUGUUCAAAAACCUUUGACUGUUGGUAUGUUUAUUAAGAUCUGCAUAAUUGAGCAGGAAUGGUGAUGUUAUGGAAGUCAUGAUUUACAAAAACAUCAAUAAAACAGAGACGGCCCACUUCUUUGAUUUAAUCGGAUUUGUGAACCGCUGCUCCAGCAGCUGAUCCAUCGCUCUUCUGAAAACUACUUUGAUCUUUCUUCUUGCUCGCUCUAGAGAAACCACACCGUAGGGGAAGUUUUCGAGUUUAUUUCGAAUUUUGAGUCGCUGCUUUUCCUGCAAACUGAUCAACUUAAGAAAUCUCUUCACUGGUAAUCGUGGCUUUAUACUGUUGCAGUUAGUCUCUGAUGUAUUUCUUUUCUUUUAAAAAAAAAAAUUAAAAAAAAAAAAAGCCUUACAGCCAGAAACGAAGAUGUUUUAAAUGUUGAGCUCCGUGUCCUUUUCUUUUCAAGUUUUGACAUUUUAAAUGACACGAUUCUGAUCAUUUUUUAUUUUAUUUUUUUAAUUUAGCAGAUAAACACGUACUUGUAAAUAUACAUUUUGUAUGUAUUUACAAACGAGAACUUUGGGAAGCGCCUCGAUUUUGUAGAAGCUGAUCAAUGAAGAGGCACGCCCUUUUUAAUUAUGCAAAUUCAGAAAAAAUAAAGAGAAAAUCUAGAAACGGUAGUUGCAUCAUCUUGUAACUUUGUAGGUUUUUCUUUUCGUUUUUCUCUUCUUUUUUUUUUUUUUUAAGAAGCUGCCCGGCUUGUUUAGGAGAGGAGAAUUUCCGUUGCGCCUUUUUAAGACGACCUAAUUUACUGUACAAUAUGUAUUUUUUUUUAAGUGCUGGAUUCGUCCUGUCAUGUUUUCUCACCACAGCUGUACAACAAUCAACACCUGGAUUCAUUCUUCAAUGUUUAGUCUGUUUUUGUUUUUUUUUGCUUCUUUUAUUGCAUGUUGCGAUGACCUUGUUGGGUUUUGAUUCCCCGUUUCUAUAGGUUUGUAAUGAUUUCUGGAUGAAAAACGGUAAAGGAAAAAAAAAAAAAAAAAACACGCUUUUGUUUUCAACCUGCAGAGUUAAAUUUUUGGUAUUUUUAUUUGACGUGUACAAAUAACUUGUGACAUUAUACAUAAAACUGUUACUUUUACUAAUGUGUCGAUCAAAAAAAAAAAAAUUGAAUGGUUGUAUAUGUUUCCCCUCCUUCCUUUUUGUUCCUCCUCCUGCAGUUUGAAGGGCUAAAGCUGAGGUUGCUCCCAGGGAGCCCGGUUUUUUUUAUUUUUAUUCUCUUUUGUUUUAAAAUCGUUGGCUAAUCUCUAAAGUUGUGCAAUACUAAUAUUUCACCGCUUUUUUUUUUUUUUUUUUUUUUUUUUAAAGCUACAGUUCUAUUUAUUAAGACAGAAGAGAUUGAGCCAAAGACAUUUUAAAGGGAUUUUGUUAGCAAUUUUUUUUUUUGUUUCCUGGUUUCUGAUAUUUCGAUUCUUUGCUCUGUGUGUACCUCGUUAACACGAUGGAGUUGGAUUUGAAAGCUCCCAACAUUACACCACAUUUCAUGGCAUGUCCUCGAUGUGGAACCAGCUGUAAAGUGUGUGUGUGUGUGUGUGUGUGUGAGUGGCUCACAAUUUAAAAAAACAGAAAAAAAGAGAGAGAGAAAAGGUUAGGGAGCAACCUUUGCCUGGCCAGCAGAGAGCUCUGUGUUCAGCCUCCUAUAAGCGCCGUCUUCUCCUGUUAUCCGUUGACCCGCCUCUGUUCUCCCCCCGCUGCAGUGAAUCAAUGGCACACCUGUUCCUCCCUGCUUUCCAGUCCCCAUCGGUUUCUCCCUCGUGGGUUCAAAGUAAUGAAUAUUCAUUUCAACUGGUGGUUGUUACGAGAACUGAUUUAGGCUGUGUUUUAAAGGUUUUCUUUUCUUUUUUUAAUUGUUUCUCUAUUAAAGUGUUUUUAUUGAAA